UGGAACGAUCCGUUACCACGGUUACGGAAACAUGGAAAUCAAAACAAGCACGGAAGAAUAGUAUUUUUUCUUAUAAACGCUGAAAAAACAAUGUUUCGUUCACCAAGCGCCAGCUCUUUGCCACACUCAAGUGCAACCCAAACGCGCUUCAUACAAAAUAGAAUUCAAGUAAUCGAAAAACACUUUGGUGAGAUCUGCACCGCUCUAGCGUUAUACACUAGAAAAAUAGCCGGUCAGCGGGAUAAAGGCGAUUUUCUGGCACAGACAUUAAAUGAGUACGCUACAGCAGAAAAUGUCAACAAAAAUUGCAGUCAAGGUAUCAAAGACUUUGCCGAUAACAUUUCUUUCAUUUCAGAUUACAGAGAUGUUUGCGUUAACCGUUUGGAGGAAACUGUCAUCCAAGAGAUUUCAAGUUACGCGGGCGUCUGCAAGUCGGCCAUGGAGGACGUCCGAAGCUGUAGCAUUGCGUACGAAAAAGAAAUAAGUCAAUUAAAAUACGUUCACAAGUUACGGCAGCAAAACCCGUUGGGACGAAUGCAAAUAAGCAAAGCGGAAAGUGAUUUAGCACACGCCACAACACAAUCUGUCCGACUAGGCAAGUCUAUAGAGGAACGAGCCGACAAGCUCGAAAAGAAGAAGCUCAAGGAUCUUAUUAGCUGGAUGAAGCGAUUGGCUUUAAUCGAAAUGAGUUUUCACUCAACGUCGUUGUCCGUUCUUACAAAAGCCUAUCAGCAGUUGGAAAACGUCGAUGUGGAAUCAGAUUUGGAAGAAUUCCGCAACACUUUAAGGACCUAUAUGCCUCUUCCAGAAUCCAGUCCUGCCAGAGCCCAAUCUGUGCCGUCAAUUGCGUUGCCUAACACACCAACAGAAACUGCGUCCAAGGUCAAACGUUCCAAGUCUUUCUCUGAUUACAGACAGCGAGCCGAGUCCCUGGAUUCACUGAAGGUGGAGGAAUAUGAAGAGUUAAAACAAAUGGAAGGCUCAGACGAUGACGACGAAGAAUCCGAAGAAGAAUCACCUCGCCCGCGAUCUUCUCACGUCCGGCGCAAAUAGCUGUUACAAAUAAAGAGGUCCAGAGUCUGAUUUAUUUCAAAGGUAUGUUAAAUACAAAGCCAGUACAGGGAAUCUUUAGUAUCUCUUUUAAUGCUGUUGACGCUUGAUGCGGCGCUCCAAUUUGCGUUGCUUCUUGUCAUCCUGUGCAUCCUGCUCUGCAGUUGG